AUGUCAGCGAAUCCGGAAAAGUUCAAUGACCUUUACAGUUCCCCGUAUCUUGUCGACUAUUACGACCUGGUGGCUCCAAAUUCGGAUUCAAUAGACGAUGCCUCGUUCUACUGGAGGGUCUAUCAAGAGCUUCGGUCGCCCCUCCUCAAGCCUCCCAGAGAGCCGUUCAUUAUCAUGGACGUCGGAACUGGUACCGGGCGCGUUAUUCAAGGUCUUUCAAACAGUGCAGCAGUGAUUGGGGAUGAUUUCUUCAACACCAAAGUUCUAGGGGUGGACAACGCCCAGCACAUGUUGGACAAAGCUGCCCAAAAUCUCGACUCUCUUUUCAAAGAGCAUGUCUCUUGGAUUCUCGGGUCUGCCCUUGAUCUAGAGAGCGUGAUGGCUCAAAGUGGGUACGACAAGGUUGAUCUGUUGAUCUUCUCUAUCGGAUCCAUCAGCCAUUUGUCCGAGAAGGGCCAGCCAGAGAAAUUUCUGGAGCAAGUCUCUCGGGUGCUUCGUCCUGGUACCGGGCGCGCCUACGUUUCCAUAUACGAUGGGUCACUCCUUCGAAAGAGCGAAGAAAUUGCAUUCCAUCAGCCAGAAGGAAUCACGGAAAUCAAAAGUCAAACAUUCCCGAACAUCAUGUAUCGAGAAUUCAAUCAUCGCGGGGAUAUCCAAGAUAAGGUCAAAGAUGUGAAAUUUGAACUACAAGUGGUAGAGCAGACGGAGCUUGGAGAUCAAGUUCUAGAGACAAAUAACAUUUCCAUGAGAAUGAGGCAGUGGGAAGAGGACGAGCUGGUGUCGAUGUCAUCUCAUGCUGGUCUCAACUUUGUUGAGAAGGCUAGGGGGAAGCAUGAAACAUUCUAUGUAUUCUCAACUUCAGCAUAG